AUGCUCUCAAAGUUCGCAUACCUGGCCGUGGCCCAGCUGGGCGUAGCUGCAGCAAGCCCUAGCUCCAAAUCCUGUACUUCGGAAACCUUUUCCACCCUCGAUCUCCCCAACAUCAAGAUCUCCUCUAUCGACGUCACGUCCAAGAACGUCGCGUGGCCAUCUACAUCCGACCUGACUAACCACUACGAUGUGACCAAGAACGGUACUGUAGCCGUCUGCCAGUUGACUGUCAACUACACGCACCCAGGCUGGGACGAUAAUGUCACCACGUGGAUCACCCUGCCCCUGCAUUCCUGGAACGAAAGAUUCGCAGGAAUGGGCGGCGGUGGUUACACCACAGGCCAACUGGUCCACAACAGCCAGGCUGCGUUUGAGGGAUUUGCUUCCGUCUCCACCGACGGUGGGCAUGGUAAAUCCGCGAGUACCGAGUCCUGGGCUCUGGCCAGCGAGGGCAACGUCAACUGGCCCAAUCUGAACGAUUUCGCCUCCGUUGCUCUGGACGAUGCUGCUUCGCUGGGCAAGGCUGCCACGAGGAUGUUUUAUGGUCGUCCGGCUAAGUUCUCAUACUGGAACGGAUGCUCCACUGGAGGGAGACAGGGCCAUAUGAUGGCCCAGAGAUACCCUACUCAGUAUGACGGGAUUCUGGCCGGCGCGCCUGCAAUUAACUGGGAUAAGUUUAUUCCUGCUGAGUACUGGCCUCAAGUUGUGAUGAAGGAGCUUGACUACUAUCCUUCAGCUUGUGAGAUGAAUGCUCUGACACAAAGUGCAAUCGACGCAUGUGAUGCCCUUGACGGCGUCAAAGACGGCAUCAUUUCCAUGGAGGGACUAUGCCAAUUCGACCCCUUGACCGUCGUUGGCAAGACAGUCAACUGCACGUCCCCCAACGGCACGCUCAAGAUCUCGAAGAAAGCCGCGCAAAUCGCAGCCGCGACCUGGGCUGGCGCAAAGGCCUCAGACGGCUCUCCCCUCUGGUACGGACUCCCCUACGGAUCUCCGCUCACCUACCUCGGCGGAACAAACUGCACAACCCUAACAGACUGCACGACAUCUCCAUUCUCCAUCUCCUCGCAGUGGAUCCAACUCUUCCUCGAAAAGAACAGCACAUUCGACGUCUCAACAGUCGGCUACGAACAAUUCGACACCUUCUUCCGCCAAUCCGUGAACGAAUACGCCUCAGCAAUCGGAACCCGCGAUCCUGAUCUCACGCGGUUCAAGAACGCCGGCGGCAAGAUGAUCAGCUGGCACGGCUUGAAGGACCAGCUCAUCUUCUUCAAUGGCACGGAGCAUUACUACCGCCAGGUUCUGGAGCGCGACCCCAAGGCCCAUGACAUCUAUCGUUUCUUCCCUGCCCCCGGUGUCGAGCACUGUGGUGGUGGUCCUGGCUGGUAUCCCGGUGAUAGUAUGGUGGCUCUGAUUAACUGGGUGGAGAAGGGUGUUGCGCCGGAGACUCUUAGGGCUGUUGCUACGCCUUCUGCCACGGGUGGUGCGCAGCCUCCGUUGCGCACGGCUGGUUUGUGUCCUUGGCCGAAGGUUAUGACUUUUGUUGGUGGUGACUCUGCUAAAGCUUCUUCUUUUGUCUGUAAAUAG